AUGACGUCGGGAAUUCGCCGCCAUCAGCCAGGAUCGUGGAUUGCAGCACCAGAGCGGGCAAGCAGGCGUUAUAGAUGGUAUGGUCGUUUCUCACAUGAACAGUCGAGCGGUCGGCGGCAACCGGAUUUACUUGAUGAGAGUGAAACCAAUUCAAUAAGCUCGCUUUCAUCUUUCGACGACACAGACGACGAUCCUAAUUGGGAAAAUGAUGAUAUUGACAAUCAAGGAGAAAACUAUAGAUCUGAAGAAGAAAAUGAAGUAACAAGUGAGUGGAUAGAUAUUUUUGAACAACCAAAUAUGAAUUCAAAUAUAGUUUUUAAUCCAAAUAAUGAUGACGUUGGUAUAAACCCAGACAUUAAAGAAACUAUGGUUUCGUUAAGACCUUUUGAUUUUUUUUCUCUAUUUUUUGAUGACAAAGUAAUAAAUCUCAUAGUAGUAGAAACAAAUAAAUAUGCUCAGGAUAAAUUGAAGAAACAAGGAAAUAGUCGUAGUGCAAGAAUAACAAAAUGGACCAAUACUGAUAAAGAAGAACUUAAAUGUUUUUUUGAAAUAGUAAUGUGGAUGGCCGGAUGGUGUGAAAUCCCAAAAUACAUGUCACGAAAUAGGUUUGAGUUGAUACUUUCUGUCCUCCACGUGUCAGAUAAUAGCAAAGUACCUCCAAACAAUCGUCUAUACAAAAUUCAGCCAUUAGUUGACAUCUUAGUAAAUAAGUAUAACAAUGCCCUAAUACCAGAAAAAAACUUGUGUAUUGAUGAAUCGAUGGUUCCAUUUUUGGGUCGUCUUUCUUUCCGCCAAUAUAUAGCCGAUAAAAGACAUCGCUAUGGAGUAAAAAUUUUUAAACUAUGUACUCGUGGCUUUUAUACAUCACAGUACAAAAUAUAUGCCGGAAAAGAAGCUGUUCCUGGGCAACUUGUAUCUUGUAAAGUUGUUAUGGAACUUAUGCAGCCUUACUUGGACAGUGGAAGGGGUUUAUACGCGGAUAAUUGGUACACCAGUAUUGAUCUUGUAGAAAAAUUACUUGAUAGACAAACACAUUUAGUGGGAACGCUAAGAUCCAACCGAAAACGGAAUCCAAAAGAGGUGAUAGCCAAAAAACUAGUUAGAGGAGGAGUAAUUUCAAAACAAAAUCGACGUGCUUUUAUGGUACUGAAGUGGAGAGACCGACAUUAUAAUACAGGAAAAUCGUAUAUCGAUUUGACAGAUCAAAUGGGCUCAUAUCAAUCUUGCCAAAGGAAAUCUCUCAAAUGGUAUAGAAAAAUAAUGUUUGAUAUAAUAUGUAACACAUCUAUGAUCAAUGCUCUAUCAUUGUAUACUGGUGUAACUAGAAAUAGAAUGAAACUUGUGGAAUUUAGAGAAGCUGUCAUUCAAGGAUUGUUGAGGAAUAAAACUACAACACACGUACCAACACAAAAAAUAAAUGAACAUUUAUUGGAAAAAACAUCAAAAACUGGAAGGU